AACAACGUUUUCCAACACUCAAACUAUUUCAAGUCAAAAUCUGCAUUUCAUUGUUUACGUUUUAACUUAUAUUUUCCAAAGAAAGUACAAUUUAUUUAGCAUCUUGAAGUCUUAUACCAACACAAUGGCAGCUGUAGAUGUCCUAGAAUCCAAUGUACUUAUAGAGGAGGCUUCACCCCCCAAACCGACUGAGCUUUUUACCUCGCACUACGCCCAAGUGGAUGCAGGUCCCAUGCAGUUUACGGUGCGGGCUUUGAAAAUGCCGGGAAGCACUUUGCUGUUUGUGAACUCCAAAGAGGAGGUGCUAGAGGAACUGGCACUGGCCAUGCCCUCCCGUGAUCCAGCCUCCAAAGAUGUCUUAUCAACCACCAUACUGGGCGGCUACGGCCAGACGGAAUCUUCGGUGCUGGCCACCAAGUUAAGCAAGCGAUAUCAACGUCCGUUCUAUGUUAGCUUCAACCUGAAGGUGGACCGCCUGGUGGGCCCUCUGUUCGAGAAGGCGCUCGUUACCUACAUGCGCGACCAUCUGGAGCACUUCGUCUGAGUGGGCCGCGUGGGGGUCACCGCCGUUGGAUGCGCGUCUAUUUCGGGGAUCGCCACUGGAGGACCCCACGGACACAGCACCUCUACCUCGCACUCCACUCCAGCGAUACGCAAUCUCCGUUCUCCGAUCUCCGCUCAGACGUCAUGCGGCGGUCGAGUGAGCGCGAACUUUAAACGUAUCGCAGAAUCAAACUACCGAACAUUUUGUACAAUAAAUUUAUUGCCUAAGUAA